AUGGAAUGUCGUUAUGCGGCGGCUGCGUAUUUGUUGUACGUCCUUGCGUCGGUUGUAUUUCCCGAUAGUAAAGGUAACAGGGUCAGCGCCAACCUUUUUCAGCUUUUGGAUCUCUUGGAAGAUGUGAAUAAGUACUCUUGGGGGACUGCCAUAGUUGCACAUUUGAAUGGUCAGCUUUCCCAGGUGUGGAUUUACGAUCAUUUCCAGUCACUGUUCAAAGAUAAUGAAGAUGUGGAACUCAAUCCAAAAUGGAGCAAAGGUAGUCCAACAGGAACCCGAUACAUGUUCACCGGUUCUCAAGAUAAGGAACAAACUGAUGCGUUGAUAGAAAUGCACCAAAAACUUGACAACAUCAUGGCGAAAGAGGUAAUCUUUAAUCCGUACAAGGAUGGUAGAGUUGGCGCAAUGGAAGAUGUCGUGUAUUACCAUGGCCCUUUGUUUGACCCUAACGGUUUUUCAAUGUACAAUCCGAUGAGAAUCAUGCGUCAACUUGGGUUUAUUCAAGAUUCAUCCGAUGACGACUAUGUACCUACGUUCAAGCACAAGUUGGACAAAUGCGAGGCUGACCUGUCAGACAUAAAGGUGGUUUAUGAACCUGCAACUGAUGUCAAGCAUUGGAAUGAUUGA